AUGUACGUGAUGAUGCCAUUACGUACACUGUACGUGAUGACGUUAUUACGUACAGUGUACGUGACAACGUUAUUACGCACAGUGUACAUGACAACGUUAUUACGCACAGUGUACAUGACGACGCCAUUACGUACAGUGUAUGUGACAACGUUAUUACGCACAGUGUACGUGAUGACGCCAUUACAGUACGUGAUGAUGUUAUUACAUACAGAGUACGUGAUGACGUUAUUACGUACAGAGUACGUGAUGACGUUAUUACGUUCAGAGUACGUGAUGACGUUAUUACGUACAGUGUACGUGAUGACGUUAUUACGUACAGUGUACGUGAUGACGUUAUUACGUACAGAGUACGUGAUGACGUUAUUACGUACAGUGUACGUGCUGACGUUAUUACAUACAGAGUACGUGAUGUCUUUAUUCCAGGGUUUAAGACAGUUCAAGCUUCACUUGCUGCUUUUUUCCAUUAAAAACUACAUCAUGAAGUCCCUGACAGAUACAGAAAAGACUAAUGUUCAAAAAGCAACUCCUAUAAGUUUAAGAUGUGAUGUCAGUUGGACCAAACUUCCCUCAACUCAAAUAAUCACUUACAGCAGGUUUAUGGUUACUGUGAGUGUUUUAUGUGUUUAAUUCACUUCCAAGUCAGGAAGACAUAAACAAAUUUCAAGUUGCUGUUUUUAUAGAUACAUUUCAGUAAAAGGUGCAUUUA